AUGCCAUUUGGUCUCCGAAAUGCCUCACAAACUUUCCAACGUUUCAUUGACCGUGUUUUGCGCGGCCUUCCAUUUGUUUAUGCAUAUAUUGAUGAUGUUCUCGUCGCCAGUCGAGAUGUGGAGGAACAUCUCCAUCACCUUACUCUGCUUUUCGACCGAUUUCAGCAGUUUGGUGUCACCCUGCAUCCUUCCAAAUGUGUCCUAGGAGCCACUUCUCUUGAGUUCUUAGGUCACCUGAUAGACUCAAACGGUAUUCGGCCUCUUCCCUCAAAAGUUGCCGCCAUUCGGGACUUUCCACCCCCUACCUCGAAGCGUCAGUUGCAACGGUUUCUUGGUAUGGUGAACUUUUAUCGCCGGUUUCUCCCGAACUGUGCCGAUACCAUCCUACCUCUGACCGAUCUCCUCUCAGGUCCCAAACGCACCUUUGAACUUACAUCAGCCGCACUCACGUCAUUUGAGCAGGUAAAAGACCUUCUGGCUGACGCCACCCUCCUGACUCACUUUCACGCUGAUGCACCCAUAUCUUUGAUGGCCGAUGCCUCCAAUGUUGCUGUUGGCGCGGUUCUUCAACAAAGUCUGCCGGAUUCUACCGUGCCUUUGGCUUUCUUCUCCAAGAAACUAUCCAAAGCCGAAACCCGCUACAGCACAUUCGGACGGGAACUUCUCGCCGCUUAUCAUGCCGUAAGGCACUUCCGGCAUUUACUUGAAGGUCGAGAGUUCACCAUUUUCACUGAUCAUAAGCCACUCACGUUUGCGAUGCAUUCCCACUCUGACAAGCUAAGCCCCCGGGAGAUCCGUCACCUGGACUACGUUUAG